AUGGCAGCUCCAUCGGCUGCAGCUACGACUGAUAUGAUACCUAUAAUUCUACAAGAGCGACUUAAGUUAUCUGACCACGGCAUUGCAAAAGAAGCCAUUGGCUUCAGAAGCUGCAGUUUUGCAUCAGACCUCUAUAUAACCGUUCGCAAUACAAAACCGGACGGACGUUUCCAGGUGGUGAUGAUAGAUCUUCAUAAUACGAGUAAUGUGAGGAAGCAUGAUAUGACGGCUGAGCAAGUUAUUAUGAGUCCUAAUGGACGUUUUUUGGCGUUGAAAGCAAAACAAACGCUCCAACUCUUUAAUCUCGAAACCCAAAGCAAGACUGGAGCUCACGAAGCGAAGGAUGAAUUUGAAUUCGAAUUCUGGAAAUGGCUUGAUGACACGACUUUGGCAAUCAUAACAAGAAAUUCGGUUUAUCACUGGAAAGUUGAUGCUGAAGCACCACAAAAAAUGUUUGACAGAUACCCCUGUUUGAAUGGAACUCAGAUUAUUGAUUAUGCUGUUAACGAUACAAUUACAUGGGCGGCUGUUAUUGGAAUUAAAUUGUCAGAUGAGCAUACUCCCGGAACUCAAAGAGUAGUUGGGAAAAUGCAGUUAUGGAACAGUCAAUAUAAAGUCAGUCAAGAAUUGGAUGGAAAUGCAGCUGCCUUUGCUGUAUUGACUAAAGAAGUAAAUGGAGUUGAUGUCGAGGCACCGUUGAUUGUAGUUGCCUCAAGAAAUAAUCCGGGUGCAGGAAUGCUUCGUAUAAUCGAAACUAUCCAAGCUCCAAAUGGAGCCCUUGCUAAGCACUGUAAUGACAUUCCGGUGUUUUUCCCCGACGAUGCAGCAACAGACUACCCUGUUAAUUUGACGUUUAGCAAGAAAUAUGGACUAUUUUUGCUUGCUACCAAGUUUGGAUACAUUCACUUAUAUGAAGUGGAAUCCCAGACUUGUAUCUACAUGAAUAGGAUUAGUAUGGAAUCGAUAUUUAGAUUUGGUGAGCCACAGGAGAGUAAUGGACUGCUUGCUGUUAAUAAAGGUGGACAGGUAUUCUCAGUGACGAUAGACGAUUCUAUACUAUUACGAUACAUUGCAGAAAUCCUCGGAAAGCCUGAUCUUGCAAUACGUCUGGCUAUUCGUCACGAUCUAGCUGGUAUCGAACGUCUAUACACCGAGAAGUUCAUGUCCCUUUACAACGCCGGAGACUAUGAAAACGCUGUUGUCAUGGCUGCAAAGUCACCCAAGGGCUUUCUUCGUACUCAAGCCGUUGUUGAUCGGCUCAAGACGCUACAACCAACAGUUGCCGGACAACCACAACCUAUUAUAAAGUACUUCUCUACUAUAAUACAUAAGCACCCUCUUAAUCAGUACGAAUCAGUAGCACUCGCUAAUAUUGCCGCCCAGACUGGGAAAAUUCAGAUUAUGAAACAAUACUUGGAACAAGAAAAGUUAACGAGCAGCGAAGAAUUAGGUGAUGUUCUACGGCCACAUGAUCCACAGACAGCAGUUAAAGUAUAUCAUAAUGCCAAUAAACAUUCCAAGGUUAUUGAAUGCUUAAUCGAUCUCGGAAAGUACGACCGUAUUACGAGUUAUGCGCAAUCGGUCAACUUCCAGCCUGACUACACGCAAAUUUUACAAUUGAUAAUGCGUCGCGAUCCAGACAAGGGCGCUGCGUUUGCAAAAACAUUGGUUGAGAAUCAAGGGACUUCUCUUGCCGACAUCGAACGAAUUGUUGAUAUAUUCAUGUCGCAAAAUCUUAUCCAACAAGUUACUUCAUUCUUGUUAGAUGUAUUACAAGACAAAGAUACGGCGGAAUAUGGACACCUGCAGACGCGUCUUCUUGAAAUGAAUCUUAUGCAUGCUCCUCAAGUGGCUGACGCUAUUCUAUCCAACUUGAGAUUCUCUCAUUACGAUCGAGCGACUAUUGCUAAUUUAUGCGAAAAAGCCGGUUUAUAUCAGAGAGCGUUAGAACAUUAUGAUGACAUAAAUGAUAUCAAGCGCGUCAUUGUCCAUGCACAAGGGUUGAAUCGAGAGUGGGUAGUCAAUUUCUUUGGCAAAUUAACGGUAGACCAGACUCUCGAAUGUAUGACCGCGAUGCUAAAAACAAAUAUACGGGAGAACCUUCAAGUUGUCGUGCAAAUUGCGACAAAAUAUUCGGAGUUAAUAGGGCCGCUCAAGCUAAUAGAACUGUUUGAAUCAUUCAAGACAUAUGAAGGUCUUUACUACUAUUUGGGAUCUAUUGUGAACCUUAGUCAAGAUCCUGACGUGCAUUUCAAGUAUAUACAGGCCGGAGUAAAAGUUGGUCAACUUAAAGAAGUCGAACGCAUUUGUCGGGAGAGUAACUUUUAUGAUCCAGAGAAAGUGAAAAAUUUCCUCAAGGAAGCAAAACUACCCGACCAACUCCCAUUAAUUAUAGUUUGCGACCGUUUCAACUUUGUUCAUGAUCUCGUGCUUUUCCUCCACCAACAAGGUCUCACCAAAUACGUUGCGGAGUACGUCCAGCGGGUAAAUUCAGCCCGCACUCCUGCCGUCAUUGGGGGUUUGCUGGAUGUGGACUGUGACGAGAAUGUAAUCAAAAAUCUCCUCUUGUCAGUCACCGGUCCUGUGCCUGUCGAUGAGUUGGUGGAAGAAGUGGAAAAUAGAAACAGGCUAAAGUUAAUAUUGCCGUGGUUGCAAUUACGUGUCAAUGAGGGCAGUACAGAUCCGGCUGUAUAUAAUGCGUUGGCGAAGAUUUACAUUGAUAGUAAUAAUAAUCCUGAAGCAUUCCUCAAGGAAAACCCGUACUACAACUCACUUGUCGUUGGAAAAUAUUGUGAAAAACGAGAUCCAUACCUUGCUUUCAUCGCUUAUCAACGUGGUCAAUGCGAUGACGACUUAAUCAAGGUAACAAAUGAGAACCAGAUGUUUAAGCAUCAAGCGCGAUAUCUUGUGAAACGACGAGAGCUUGAACUGUGGAAGAAAGUGUUGGACGACAACAACAUGCAUCGUAGGGCUUUGAUUGACCAGAUUAACGCAACAGUUCUUCCUGAGACGUCAGAUCCGGAGGAAGUUGCUACAACAGUAAAGGCCUUCAUGGAAGCUGAUUUACCAAUAGAAUUGAUGGCAUUAUUGAGUAAAUUAGUAUUGGAACAAACAGCUUUCAGUGACCAUACAAAUCUGCAGAAUUUGCUCAUCCUUACUGCUAUAAAGGCGGAUAGAGCUCGAGUGACAGACUUGAUAAAUAGGCUCAACAACUACAACGCAACCAACAUUGCGGAGAUUGCUAUCAACGCCCAGCUAUACGAAGAAGCUUUCCUUAUUUAUAAGAAACAAGAGAUGCAUAUAGAGGCCGUCAAUACCUUAAUUGAGCAUAUUGCUAGUAUUGAUCGUGCUGUUGAAUAUGCAGAGCGUGCCGAUACAUCAGAAGUGUGGAGCCUCGUGGCUAAGGCUCAAUUGGCAGGAUUACGAAUUAGGGAUUCCAUUGACUCGUAUAUCCGCGCCGAUGAUCCAAGCAAUUUCCAAGAAGUGAUCGACUACUCUUCCCGCGCAGGAAAAUUUGAAGACCUCGUGCGUUACUUACAGAUGUGCCGUAAGAAAGUACGCGAACCAAUGGUGGACAGUGAACUUCUUUUUGCCUACGCGAAGACUGAAAGAUACUCGGAUCUCGAGGAAUUCCUCAAACAGCCCAAUGUUGCUCAGAUCCAAAUUGUUGGCGAGCGGUGUUACGAACACGAGUUGUAUCAGGCUGCCAAGAGUUUGUUUUCGAGUAUUUCUAAUUGGGCUCGGUUAGCUUCCACUUUGGUUCAUCUAGGCGAGUAUCAGGCUGCAGUUGACGGUGCUCGCAAGGCUGGCAAUACAAAGGUUUGGAAAGAUGUUCACAAGGCUUGUCUCAAGCAUGACAAGCUUCGAUUAGCUCAUAUAUGCGGCCUAAAUCUGAUAGUUCACGCGGAAGAACUUGAGGCUGUAAUUCGUAGCUAUGAGCGCGGAGGUCAUAUCGAGGAACUAUUCUCACUCCUCGAAGCUGGUCUGGGUUUAGAACGAGCGCAUAUGGGAAUGUUCACCGAAUUAGCAGUUCUAUACACCAAAUAUCGACCCGAGAAAACAGACGAGCAUUUACGUCUUUUCUGGCAACGCCUUAAUAUACCUAAAGUUAUUCGUGGCUGUGAGAACGCUUGUCUAUGGAAAGAGAUGGUAUUCCUAUAUGAAAAUUACGAAGAGUUUGAUAACGCAGCUCUGUCAAUGAUGGAACAUUCUGCCGAUGCUUGGGAUCAUGAUCAUUUCAAGACUUUAAUUGUCAAAGUUGGAAAUCUUGAGAUCUACUACAAGGCGCUGAAAUUCUAUUUGGAUGAGCAUCCAUUAUUAUUGAACGAUUUACUUGUUGCCUUGACGCCUCGAGUCGAUCAUACUCGGGUGGUUAAAAUGUUUGAAAAGUCUGACAAUGUGCCAUUGAUCAAAUCUUACUUGAUAUCUGUUCAAAAGGAAAAUAUCGAAGCCGUCAACGAGGCAUACAAUGACCUUGCCAUAGAAGAAGGCGAAUACACAGCACUUCGCGAUUCGAUUGACAAUUUUGAUAAUUUUGAUAAUUUCAAACUAGCGUCACGACUCGAAAAGCAUGAACGUAUUGAAUUUCGUAGGAUUGCUGCUCACAUCUUCCGCAAGAAUAAACGUUGGAGCAAGUCAAUCGCAUUAUCAAAGGAAGAUCGUAUCUGGGACGACGCGAUCGUGACUGCGAGUAUGUCACGAUCAACUGAAGUUGCAGAGGAGUUGAUGCUGUAUUUCUUGCAGAUCGGUAAUGAAGAAGAUUUCACGGCAUGCCUGUACGCGUGCUAUGAUCUUGUAAGGCCUGACGUUGUAUUGGAGAAUGCAUGGAGGCACAAGAAGAUGGAUUUUGCUAUGCCGUAUAUGAUUCAAUCACUAAGAGGCGCUAUGGAGAAGAUCAACUUUUUGGAGAAAAGUGUUUCUGAAUUGGCGGAAAAAGAAGAAAAUAGGGAGAAGAUUGAGAGUGAAACACCGGUUAUCCCUCUUGCUUUGGGUAAUCAACGACUCCUCACGCAAGGAGCUGGCCAAGGGAUUGCACCUCAAUUCACUGGUGCUUCAGCAUAUAGUGUGAACUCCAACAUGACGGGUUUCAAUUCGUACUGA